UCCACUAACACUAUCGCUACUUAUUUCAAUAUGCCCACUCACUCUAACACUAUCUUCCUCCCCCGCUCUCUCUCUCUCCUUUUUCUGCUACUAAACGACGACGCUUUCCUCGCUGUCAAGAUUCCCUUCUCCCUUAUCUCCCCCUAACCCUAACCCAAUUUUCUCGAGAACCAAACGCCCCUUUACCUCUCUAAUUAACCCCCUAAUUCCCAAUGGGUUGUGCUAGCUCCAAGGUUGAUGAUCUUCCGGCAGUGGCGUUAUGCCGUGAGAGGUGUAGUUUUCUUGACGAAGCGAUUAACCAGAGGUUUUUAUUAGCUGAUGCUCAUAGAGUUUAUAUUGAGUGUUUAAAAACUGUUGGGAAUUCUUUGCAUGUUUUUAUCCAGCAGGAUUAUGGCGGCGGUGGGUCGGGUUUGAAUUUACCGUUUACGCAUAAGAAGGUGGAUCCGGUUAUUGAUGAAGGUAGAGGCUCUUCACCUAAGAAGAAUCGUCACUCGCACUCGAAUUCGGGUUCGGGUUCCCAUCUUCAUUUUCAUUCGGAUUCUGAGGAGGAUGACGAUGACGAUUCUGUUUCGCAUAUUCAUCACUCUGAUCAUUCUUCUCCUUUGCAUGAUAUGGGUGGUGGUGGUGGGCAUAUGCAGUAUAUGGGUUCUGAGUAUAUGGGUAUGCAGGAUAUGUAUUCUGGCGGCGGAGGUGGUGCUGGUGGUGGAGGAGGUGGAGGUGGGUAUUUGCAUAUGAAUUAUAUGAAGAAUAAAGCAACAUCUUCGGUUGUUUAUGAGCAGAGACCUAUGACUCCUGAGACUGUUCGUUUUGGCGAGUAUUAUAAUAAUAAUUCUAAUAAUAAUCCUUAUCAGGCGAAUUACUUUGGAUAUCCUAAUUAUUAUGGUGAUGGUGGUGGUGGUGGUGGUGGAGGGGGAGGUGGUUACUAUGGUUCUCAACCUCCUCCUUAUGGAUCUAUGCAGCCGGCGGCAGCUGUGGCUUCAUCUUCGAAGCGGCCACCGCCGCCACCACCGCCCCCUCCUUCGAGUUCACCGUGGGAUUUCUUGAAUUUGUUUGAGAGUAAUGAGAGUUAUUACCCUGCUUAUACUCCGAGUCGGGACUCAAAGGAGUUGAGAGAAGAGGAAGGGAUUCCUGAUUUGGAAGAGGAGAAUUACCAACAUGAGGUUGUUAAGGAGGUUCAUGGUCAUGAGAAGUACGUCGAUGGUGGUGGUGGUGGUGGGGGUGGUCCUAGUGGCGGUGUUUACUCGUCGAAAUCAGUGAUGAUGGAUGACGGUGAUGCUAAGGGUGGUGGUGGUAGUAAUAGUGUUGAGGCUUCACUUUAUCAAACUCGACCUAGUGUGUCUAUGGAAAAUGAAGGAUUGGAGUAUGAGGUGCAUGUAGUGGAGAAGAAAGUUGUCGAUAAUGAGAGGUCGGAUGAGCAUAAAAAUGCUGGAUUUAAAAGAGGAGGUGGGCUAAGAGAUGUUUCUCAAGUUGCUUUUGAAAUCAAGAUUCAAUUUGAGAGAGCUUCUGAGUCUGGUCAAGAAAUUGCAUUGAUGCUUGAAGUUGGAAGGCUUCCUUAUCACCGUAAGCAUGUUUCCAAGAUGUUGCAAGGAGUCACUCCUUCGUUAUCUCUAAUAUCCUCACAGCCAUCUACUUCAAAAAGUACCGAGGCAUCAUCCUCCGCUGAUAAGGCUGAUCAAUUUGCAAUUGACGAGGAUUUGUUAAUAAGGUCGAAAAACCUUUCUUCCACUUUGCAGAAGCUGCAUCUCUGGGAGAAGAAACUGUACAGUGAAGUUAAGACUGAGGAGAAAAUGCGGGUAGACCAUGAGAGGAAGCUUCGUAAACUGAAGCAUUUGGAUGAGAGAGGUGCCGAGGCUCAUAAAGUUGAUGCAACUCGAAUUUCGAUUAGGGAUCUGUCUACAAAAAUAAAAAUUGCAAUUCAAGUUGUAGAUAAGAUAUCUAUCACAAUAAACAAAAUUAGGGAUGAAGAGCUAUGGCCGCAACUAAAUCUAUUGAUUCAGGGGUUAACCAGGAUGUGGAAAAGUAUGCUGGAAUGCCAUCAGUAUCAGUGUCAAGCUAUUAAAGAAGCUAAAGGAUUAGGUUCUAUCGGAUUGAGUAAAAAUUCUGGUGAUGAGCAUCUUACAGCCACGUUGAAGCUUGAGCAUGAUCUUCUUUGUUGGACUUCUAGCUUUUCUAGUUGGAUAGGAACCCAGAAGGGAUAUGUGAGAGCCUUGAACAAUUGGCUCAGUAAAUGUCUAUUAUAUGAACCAGAAGAAACUCCAGAUGGAAUCGCUCCCUUUUCACCCGGCAGGAUAGGUGCACCUCCAGUGUUUGUCAUAUGUAAUCAGUGGGCACAGGCUAUGGAUGCAAUCUCUGAGAAGGAAGUCAUUGAUGCUAUGCGCAGUUUUGCCUCAAAUGUGCUUAAGCUUUGGGAACAGGAUAUACUAGAAAUGCGGCAGAGAAUGACGGCCAACAAAGAUUUGGAGAGAAAAGUUAAGACUUUAGAUAGACAAGAUCAAAGGAUACACAAGGAGAUUCAAGCAUUAGACAAGAAAAUUGUUCUUGUUGCUGGAGAUGCUUAUAGUCUCUCAGUGGCUGGAAACAUUGUAUAUCAGAGCGACACUAGUAACAGUAGCCUACAAGGAAGUCUACAACGUAUUUUUGAGUCCAUGGAGAAGUUCAUGUCUGAGUUGACAAAGGCAUAUGAGGAGCUGAUUCAACGCACUGAAGAAGAAAGGCUUGCCCGAGAGCAUGACAGAGUCUCUUAGGACAGUUUGGAGCAAGUAGAAUGAACAUCUCUUUGAUGUUGCUUGUCGUGCAAUUUUUAUUCCCCUGAUAUAUUGCAUGACGGAAUUGCUAGAACUUAUUAUAUGAGGUUAUGCUGUUCCCACUCUUGGAAUGGUGUUCUGGUUGAUUCAAGGUUUCAUCUCUCGGGGAUGAUGGCGGGUCUUGGUUCUGUUCCGAUUCAUAUUUCCUGCUUAGAUUUUUGGAAAGGGUACGAGUUGCCAAGGAGGUGUGAUAAUAUCAUCUCGUUUGCGUCAUCAACCAUCAAUGGCCGUAAACGCAUUGAGCCAAACACUGCAAGCAAUUGAAAUCAUAUGAAGGGCCUAUAAACUCAUACUGAUAAGAAUAUCGAUACCUCACAAGUGAUCGACAAUGAUGAUGCCAACAUCGUCCAGUGCUUGUUGACGCCGUAUCGACAAAUGAUAUUGAUUUGCCUUCAAGCACCAAGCUUUCAUGGAAGGAUCGCAGGAAUGGGAUUGACAAUUCAAACAAUACAAUCUGGUCACUCUAUGUAAAGCAGAUUUCUCUUCGAUUUUGCAUGAGGAUGAGUUCAGAUGUAGGCGUAAGGGCUGUGUAGAGUGACGCAAGUCGGAGAAAUGCCCUACGAUCGGAUGUAUGGUAAAAUAGCUUCACUUGUUUCUUUUUUUUUUCAACUAUUUAUUUGUAUUAUUUUGUACAGGCAUUUUCACUGAAAAGGCUUACAAUAAAGAGUAUUUCUGAAAAUGUGCCCACUUUUAAGAGAUGUUGCCUAUAGAUGGCAUAGAGUACUCUGCAAUUUCAGGCUGCUCAAGCUGUGCAAUCUUUCACAAUUUUUUUUCCUAUGUUGAUAGGCUCAUCAUGUGUUUUUGUUACUCCCUAGUUUUCUAGCUAUUCUGACCAGAUUCUGUCAACAAUUUAUGAGUGGUUUGACAUUAUAAAAUUCUUGUUUUUCA